AUGGAUAACACUUCUACUUUUUCAAAUAUUUGCAAUUUUGAUUCCAUUGAAUGUAAUGGAAGAAUAAAGCCAAUCACUUAUAACACUAAAAUACCAAAAUCUACUGAAUUAAUUAUUUCAGUUGGAAUGUAUUUAUGCCAAAUACAUUACAAUCAAUUUAUUUUAAAUGAAACUAGAAAUAUUAAUUAUAAUAAGAGUUGUGAGCAUCCAAAACAUGAUGAAUAUAAAAAUCAAUCAAAAAAUACAAAAAAAAAAUCAAGCAAACUUAAUCUUAAAAAGGUUCCAAAAAGAUUAAUUGAAGUUUUAGAAUUAAAUGAAUCUUCAGAAAUUUGUAGUAUGUGUAGAAAUAAAACUGAUAAAGAUUCUGAAUAUUUACAAAAUGAAAAAUACAAAGCACCUAUUCCAAUUAAAAAAAACAAUUUAAAUGAUAAUGAUAAUUUACAAGAUGAAUCAAUAGAAACUAUACAAGAUGAACUAAUAGAGGCUAUACAAGAUGAAUCAAUAGAAGUUAUACAAAAUGAAUCAAUAGAAGUUAUACAAAAUGAAUCAAUAGAAACUAAACAAAUAAAAACUUGUCAACAUCCAAAACAUGAUGAAUACUUAAAUCAAUCAAAAAAUACAAGCAAACAAUUUAGUCUUCAAAAAGUUCCAACAAGAUUAAUUAAAGUAUUAGAAUUAGAUGAACUUGCAAUGAUUUGCAGUAUGUGUAAAAAAAAAACUGAUAAAGAUUCUCAAUAUUUACAAACUGAAGAAUAUAAAGCACCAAUUUCUAGAAAAAAUAAUAAUGACAAUAUAUCAAAAAUAGGAAAUCAUACUUAUUUAUUUAGAAAAGAUAUCUUAUAUACUGGAGAAGAAUUACAACAAUUUGAAUCAGAUUAUCAAGAAAUUAUGACACAAUUAAAAAUUUCAAGUGAAAUUAAAUUAAGUAGUAAAAUAAUAAAAAUGUCUAAUAUUCUUUAUAAUAAUCAACAUAGAUUAAAUCUUAAACCUAUUUAUGAUCCAAUAGCUUUUAAAACUAUGUUAGAAACAGCUGAUAAAGAUUUAAUUGGAUUUUUUGAUGAAUUAUAUGCUGGAACUAAUCCUAAUACUAAAUCUGAAACAACAAAUAAUAACAACAAAAAAAAAUUAGUUUCUUUAUGUUAUUUUUUAGCUAGCAUUAAUAAUAAAUAUAUUAAUGGAAUUAAAGUUGAUAUUGGAUCAUACUUGGAAACUUCUGGAGCUUCUUCUUCUUCUAUUGAUACAUUGGCAAAUAUAGGAGUUUCAGUAACAAGAAAAACAGUAAAUCGUAAAAAAAAUUUUAUUUCAAAUGAACACCAACAAACUGUAGAUAAUUAUUGUUUACAAAAUAUAGAAAAUAUGUUUAUUCUUAAUAUAGAUGAUUACCAUAAUAUUCAUAGGCGUAAUCAACCAACAUUGUUACAAACUCACAAUAUUUAUCAUUUUGUAACAAUAUUAUUGAAUACAAAUACUAAAAUUCCAAAAAUACCAUUUUAUUCAUUAAAUAAUUUUUCAAUACAUAAUCCUAAAGGAAUUGAUUCUGGAUUAAUUAUUAAUAACAUUAAAAAUAAUUUUAUGAAUCAAUUAGGUAAAAGUUAUUAUAUGCAAAAAGAAUUAUGGAAAAAUUUUUUAAUUGAAGAUUCUUAUGAAAAUAGAGUUGAACUACUUAAUAUUCAUAAUUAUGAUGGUAGAAUUCAAAAUUACCAUGAAUUAAGAUCAAUGUCUAAUAGCAAAUUAGUAGACUUUAUUUUGCAUCCUUUACAUAGUACUAAGGAUUAUAUUGAAUGUUUAGAUUAUGUAUUUAAAGCAUUUGAAAGAUUAGAAAAUAUUGAAGAAAAUUAUUUAAAUAAUUUUAUCAUUCCUGUAAUUGCUGAUUGGCCAGGACAAGUAAAUAUAAGAAGAGCUAUAACACUUAGAAUUAAGAAAGGCAUUAAUUCUGGAGUUCCAGAGCAAGUGUUAAAUUUAAUUCCUAUGAUAGGUCCACUUCAUGUCUCUUUAAACAGCAGAGAAAUACUAUUUCAAACAUAUCAUUUCUUUUUUGAGAUGCUAUAUCAUAACUUAUUUGGAGAUAAAAAAAUAUUAUCUCAAAAACCAAAACAAACAGUAAUCAAUCUUAUUUUACAUUUAACUUAUCAUGGAUGGAAAAAUAUUCGUGAUAUUGUUACAAAAAGAUUUGGAAAUUUAAAAGAUGCAGAAUAUCAAAUGAUGAUAGAUUUAUUAGAUAAUUCUAUUCCACUUACUUUGGAUAUAUAUGCAAUACUUUUUAGAAGUGGAUUUUUUGAAGGAUAUUUAGAAAGUACUGUAAAAAUUUGGAUAUUAUUUCAAAGAUUGAGAAGACAUAAUUAUAAUAAAGCACCACUUAUGUUUUUAAGUGAUGUAUUUUAUUGGACUUCAAAAAAUCAUCCAAUAAUUAAUAUUUUAAAAAAUAAUUUACCAAUUUUUAAUGAUUAUUUUGUUGAAAAUUUUCAUAGCUCUUUAAGGCAUCAAACAGCAGAAUCAAAUUCAGAGUUACAAAUUAUACAAAAAGCAAAAAUUAUUGAUGCUGAAAGAAAUAAUAAUCCUUUUAAAAAUUCUUUUGUUAAUUUGAGAAAUCCAGCUAAGUCUCAAAUUAAAGAAUUAAAAUCUUUAGAAAAAAAGGUUUCAUUAUUUUUAUUCUCAAUAUUUGAUAAGAUUCAUCAGAAUAUAGGAAAUACAAAACAAAUUAAUAAUGAUAGAUAUCCAAAAUUUUAUCUUCCAAGUUUUGAUAUUGAAGUGGAUGUAAAGGUACUUCCUUUAGGCUGGAAUACACAAAAAAUACCAGCAGAUGAUAAAUUUUGUGAUGCAAAUAAUUGUUUAUUAUCAAAUAGUAUAGAUUUAUCUAAUGGAAUUGUUUUACUUUGUGGACACAGUUUUCAUAAAGAAUGUUUAAGUACUUUAUAUGAUGAUAAAUGUAAUUUUUGUUUUGAUUAUUUAUCAUCUGGAAUUGAGAAAAAUAUUAAGAGUUUGGAUCAAAGAUUGUCGACAUCAUUAAAAGAAAAUGAAAUCCCUUUAUUUGAAAAGGAAAAUAAUAAUGAUGAUGAAAAUGAUGAAGAAGAGAAUAUUGAAAACAUAUUAGAAAGAACAGAAUGUGAUGUAGAAAAUCAAUAUGAUAUAAUGUAUCAACAAUGGUUAAAUUAUAAUGAUAUAUAAUUAGUAUUAAUAUAAUAAUUUUUAUUAAAUUGCAAAAGUCACUUUAUUGAAAUUUU